AUGAAUAAAGAAUUAGCAUCCGAAAUUCUGUUCACUUGGUACCAAAUACUUCGGAGUAGGAACUUAAACAAAGCACAACAAUGCAAAAUGUCUUCGGUGGAACAAACAAUAAUCCCAAACAUAAGUUCAACGGUUGCCAGUUCCGUUAUGCGUGCACAGCCAGCAGAAUACUCCAUCAACUCUAUACCAACUACAAUGUUAAAUAUAUCCAGUAUGGUGAACAGAGAUAUGGAAAACUUAACUUCAUUUUCAAUAAACUUGGAGUUAUGCGACAAUCCUGUGGAGAAGUGGUACGAAAGUUAUUUCGGUGUGGAAUUGGCGGUACCAGAAUGGGAAGCAAUACUAACAACUAUUAUCCUUUCAGUUAUCAUUUUUCUAACUAUAGUUGGAAAUAUUUUGGUUAUUUUAAGCGUAUUUACAUACAAACCAUUACGAAUAGUCCAAAAUUUUUUUAUUGUGUCCCUUGCAGUGGCAGAUCUUACCGUAGCAUUGCUUGUGCAACCCUUUAAUGUAGCAUAUUCCAUACUUGGACGCUGGGAGUUCGGUAUACAUUUGUGUAAGAUGUGGCUCACAUGUGAUGUUAUGUGUUGCACGUCAUCAAUUCUUAAUUUGUGUGCAAUAGCAUUAGACCGAUAUUGGGCUAUUACUGAUCCCAUAAAUUAUGCGCAGAAACGCACGGUAGGUCGAGUACUACUCUUAAUUGCAGGAGUGUGGAUAUUUUCAUUGCUAAUUAGUUCACCACCACUUAUCGGUUGGAAUGAUUGGCCAGAAGAAUUCACUAGCGCAACGCCAUGUGAACUCACUUCAAAUCGUGGCUACGUAAUUUACUCUUCUCUAGGCUCAUUUUUUAUUCCACUUGUAAUAAUGACUAUUGUUUACAUUGAGAUUUAUAUUGCCACCAGACGGCGGCUCAGAGAACGAGCACAAGCAUCGAAAAUGAAUACAAUUACAUUCAAAGCUACCGAAACAGGAAGUGCAAACAUCAGCAUGAGCACUACUAGAAAAGAAUGUGUAUUUAGUUUCCUAUGUGUAUGCGGUAAAAAUUCACAACAAUCUACUGAACCAAUGAUGCAGAAUGAUCAAGAAUCGAUUAGCAGCGAAACACACAUUAACAACGAAAUUCCAAACCCAGAACAGUUGGUUAUUAUUAUGGCACCGCGGAAAAAAUCUCGGCGCUCAAAAAUCAAAGAUUCAAUAAAAUAUGGAAAGCCACAUUUGCAAAAAAAAUCUCAAGCAAAUGCUCUAAAUAAAACAAAUGCUUGUAUAAACGACAAAUUAUUGCAUGACAGGACCAACGACAAAUCACCAGACAAAGAUCGAAAACAACGAGAUACCACCAUGGCAAGUAGCAGUGAUCAAAAAUAUUGCUCUGCUCAUACUGAAAUUAUAACCAACGCUGACGAAACUGAAACUAUUGCAUUUAAAGUUACUCCUCCACAGUCUUCGUCUGGUCCAAUAUGUUCCGGUACACCAACACAAAGGCCACAUGCAGGCGUUUACCAAUUUAUAGAAGAGAAACAAAAGAUCUCCCUUUCAAAAGAGCGUCGAGCUGCACGUACUCUUGGCAUUAUAAUGGGAGUUUUUGUUAUAUGCUGGCUACCAUUCUUCCUCAUGUACGUCAUAUUACCAUUUUGCGAAUCUUGUUGUCCAACAAACAAAUUUAAAAAUUUUAUUACUUGGUUGGGAUAUAUAAACUCUGGAUUGAAUCCAGUUAUUUACACCAUCUUUAACUUAGAUUAUAGACGUGCAUUUAAGAGACUUCUUGGCAUUAAGUAA